AUGAAAAUUGAUAUUUCAACAAUAAAUUAUUUCUUUCCAGCAGAUGGACACAGUGCCAAGGAGAAGACAAACCCAGGAGAGCAUCCAUUUUUAUGUUCAGAGUGUGGGAAAUGUUUCACAUCAGAAGCAGAUUUUAACAGACAUGAAAGACGUCACAGUGAAGUGUGUCCCUAUUCAUGUACAGAGUGUGGGAAAUCUUUCCAAAAGAGACCGCAGUAUACCAGACACAUGAGGAACCACACAAACGAGAGGCCCCACUCAUGCUCGGAGUGCGGACGGUGCUUUAAAUUGAAAAGCCACCUGAUGGCGCAUCUCAGACUUCACACAGGCGACACCCCUUUCUCGUGCGUACAUUGCGGAAAAGCUUUUACAUCCAGGUCGCGGCUUUUUAGACAUCAAAUGUAUCACAUUGGCGUGCGGCCGUAUUCGUGUUCAGAGUGCGGUAAGUCUUUCACCGAGAAGUUCAUGCUCGUCCAUCACAUGAGAGUUCACACUGGCGAGAGGCCUUAUUCAUGCCCGGAGUGCGGUCAGCGUUUUAAAGAUAAAAGCGUUCUGAAAGGACAUCUGAGGGUUCACACGAAAUGUUUUACGCGGAAAGAUAUCCUCACCAUACACCAGCGGAGUCACUUGGACAAAUUGCCAUACACAUGCGAAGAGUGCGGGAAAGGUUUUACAUGGAAGAGUACCUUCAUCAGCCACCAGAAAACCCAUACCGGUGAACAGCCAUUUUGCUGCCCAGAAUGCGGCAAACGGUUCAGCCAAAGAUCCUCUCUUUCGCAGCAUCUAAAGCUCCACUCGAAAUCGUUCGCAACGAAAUAUGAACUCGGUGUCCAUCGGAGAGGUCACACGGGCCAGGAGAUCUUUUCGUGCUCGGAGUGCAACAGAUGUUUUUUGCAGAAGGGACACCUUCUCAUCCACCAGAGGAGUCACACGGGCGAGCGACCUUAUACCUGCCCGGAGUGCAGAAAAUCCUUCUCAAGGAAAGGAAACCUCCUUACGCACCAGAGGAUCCACACGGGCGACCGCCCUUUUUCCUGCUCGGAGUGCGGGAAGUGUUUCCCUCAAAAAGGAUAUCUUAUCCAACACCAGAAAAGUCACGAGGGCGAUCGUCCUUUCUCCUGCCUGGAAUGCGUGAAGUACUUCAAAACCAAAUCCGAACUCCUCCUGCACCAGAGAGGUCACACCGGUGAGCAGAUCUUCUCCUGCCUAGAGUGUGAGAAGUCUUUCCUGAAGAAGUGGCAACUGGUCGAACACCAGCGGGUUCACACCGGUGAAAAGCCCUUUUCCUGUUCGGAGUGUGGGAGACAUUUCUCGCACAAGGCCAGCCUCAAAACUCAUCAGAAACUCCACACCGGCGAGAAGCCGUUUUCCUGUUCGGAGUGCGGGAAAUGUUUCCUACAGAAAGGACACUUAACUAAACAUUAUAAAACCCACGCCCGUUCGUGCCAGCUGAAAAAUGUUUCUUAG